UUUAACAUGUGUUUUUAAAACUUUUCUUAUUUAUUUGUUGGCUGAUUUAUCAUAAUGCAUAAGGGUGCGUUUGCGAAUACUUAUUUUUAUCAGUGUUUUAAUCUGCACGCAUUACAGGCAACAGAUAAACUACAUUCCGCGAAUUUUAUUUGUAUGCACUGCUGACGUUAGCAAAAUCUACAAAACAAUGUAAUCCUCUGCCUUAGUGGAUUCUUCCACGGGCCUUACUAGACUAGUCUCUUAUAAUAAUAAGUGAAUGUGUUCAUUUUCCUUUAAUGUUGCAGAAAAAUGCAUGUCUAAUAUGUUAAGUUUUCUGACGUUACGGCGCGACUUCAAUAGCACUACUUCAACGUCAAUAUCUAUAUAAUAAUACGCUAAGUGUGUCCGUCUGUCUGUGACAGGCAAAGUUGAUAUCGUCAUUUUCCUUUGAUGUUGCUGAAAUUUCCUUUGAAGUCACCGAAAAAAUUAUGUCCAUUUUGCUGGCGGGUUUACUUUGUUUACUUCACGUGAUCAAAAUGGAGCAACUUGAUUUGCUGAAAUAAAUUUAACGGCUUUCUUUACAAAAAUGGUAUCCCUUGACACCGAAAAAAAACAACAACAAAAGAACGGUCCCUCUGUCUUGAAAAAAGUAAUUCAGAGAAAGAAGAGUCCAAGAAGUGAAGUAAGAAGUGGUAGUUAGAGCUAGAAGUAAAGUAGUAAAGUUAGAAUUAGAAAAUAAAAGCUGGAGUUUGAAGUGGAUUUAAAAUCAAUAAUAGUAAGAACUUUGAUGUAUUCAGACGUUUAGUUUUUAUGUCACUGGAACAAGCAGACUUCCAAGAAAAGCCUCAAAUUCUUGAAGUUUUAUAUUUUACCGCUUUUUUAAAAAAAAACCUAGCCACCAUAUUUGUUUAUGUUUUUGUUGCAUAAUUAAUGUAUCCCCUGGCGCGUAACUAAUGUGUUUGUCCUAAAAUUCAAAAUGCUGCAUAAAGCUGUUAGCUAACUAACAAACGGAAAACUUUGGUUUGUUGAACUUACUGCUUAUUGUAAUGUUAUUAUUUUUACAUUACUAUUGUUUCUCUUUAUGUGUGUUUUACUAAGCAUAAAUAGCUAGCUUUAGUUAUAGCUAAGUGUUCCCAGUUUAGAUAUAUUUAACUGGGGGUCUUAGCUACUGUUAGCUAGCUAAUUUAGCCUCUCCAAGUCCUGCUCUCUUAUCGCAUGGCUAGCUCUAACCUAUGAAUUAUGUUGUUAUUCCUUUUUUUUAAUAUGUAUAGCUAACUUAGUUCACCUAUCUUAAAAUCUUUCAAAGACUUAAACUUUGGACAGGAUAGUAGGAUGUAUUUUUCUAAGAGUAUAAUUAUUUUCACAUUUCCUGUAAACUUUACAAGGGGACCCAAGCAAUUUUUUUCAGAAUUUAAAGCAUGUGUGUUAAGUUAUUUUUUAUUGUUUUGUUUCUGACAUCCUGUUAAACUUUUGUCAGCCUACAUGUAAAAUUCCAGGUUAUUUUUACAGGGGGUUGUAGACAUUUGAUUGGCAAUUUUACGUGGGGUUAUGACUUUAUUUUAAUUUAUGAGAGGAUGGUAUGGUUGUUUGUGUUUUUGUUUAUGUUGCAAACUGCUGCUUUUUAAAAUUUUGUGUAAACUUUUGUGGGAAAAAGACCACAUGCAAUAUACUGAAAGAACAAAUUCACGUUUUUGUUAACAUUUUUGUUAAGAAUUUUAAAAUUGUAAUAAUAACUGUGUUUGGUGAUAAUGAAAACUUCUUUGUUUUUAAUAUUAUAUGAAAUGCCUGAUUUUUCUAUGAUUUGAUGUGUUUCAUAACCUUUUUGUGGAAGAUUUAUGGGCAAUGGCAAUAUAGGACAUGCUAAAAAUAGACUGAUUUUUGUUGAUUUGGUAGUGCUCCUCAAAAACAAAUCUGUUUUACAUUUUGUGUAAACUUUUGUGAGGACAGACCGUAUAUACACUCUGUUUUCCAAAAAUAAUAUCUUUGUUGAUUCAAAUUUACUCCUUAUUCAUUUUUGACAUUCACUUUUAAAAUAUUUGGUAAAGGUCACUACAGAUCAUCGUACUCAGGAAAGAUUUUUUGUAUUCUUAACCUGUUCAUUUUUACAAUUUGUGUAUAUUUUUUGGGAACAGGAUAGUAUGUAAUCGAAGAAAUGAUUUUCCAGAUAUAAAUUUUAUGUUUUUUGACACUUUGAUUGAAUUAUUAAAGGUUUUUCACAAAGUAGAGAUGUGUUAUUUCUGACUUUAUUAUUUGUUGGUGUUGUACAUGAUUCUAUACAUUAUUUUGAUUAUUGUUUCAAGCUCUACACAUAAUGAUCUUUGUUGAUUCAAGUUUAUUCUUUGCUCAUUGAUUUUUUGACAUUUAGGUUUAAAAUUGCUGGUAAAGGGCAGUACGGAACCAAAAGUGAAAAAUUUUGUGUUUUUAACUGGUUGAUUUUUACAUUUUGUGUAAAUUUUUGUGGUAGAGGAUGGUAUAUAACCGAAAUGACUGAUUUUUCUAGAUUUAAAUUUGAUGUUUUCCAAACUAUGGCUUUUUCAUAUUUUUGUAUAAGCUUCUAAGGGAAAGACAAUAUAUAAAAUGUGAGUGUCGAUGUUGUCAGUGUCGAUGUUGUAACUUUUUAUCAACUAGAUUUUACACCUUGCAAGCUGUUUUUUUUAUUUUGCGUAAGAUUCGAGGAUUUAAUGCGAUUUGAUAUUUGGCAUUUUGUGUAAGAUUUUAAGGAAAUUUAUUUUUAUAUGCACUGCUGACGUCAGAAAAACAUCUAAAGCAACCUAUUUUUCAUAGGACUUUGGCCUAGGUGGAUUUUUCCACGGGCCUUAUCGUCUAGUCUAUAUAAUAAUACGCCAGUUCCGUGUCUCUGUGACAGGCAAAGUGGAUGUGUUCAUUUUCCUUUGAUGUUGCCGAAAAAUGCAUGUCUAAUAUGCUAAAAGUUCUGACAUUACGGCGCGACGUCAAUAACACUACUUUAACGUCAAUAUCCUAUAGUAAAUUAAUGAAGCCAUUACAGUGCACUUAAAAUUUCGAGGCCAAAUAACUUGAAAACGAGGUGGUGACGUCAAUGAUUUUUCACCGCGUGGGUAACUAGGGACCACCUAGGACCAAUUUGGGUGAUUUUUCAAAACAUAUGUCCCAGAAUCCGUUUCGGAAUGCACGGGUUGAUGACGUCAUCAAACAACCUUCAAACCCUAAUAUCUCUGCAGCCUUUUGUCAAAAGUACAUGAUCCUAUACAUUUUCUUGAUCAGCGUUUCAAGAUCUAUACGAUGAAGGCAACAGGUAUACUAAUUUCUUAAUAAAAAAUUUGAGGGGUCUAGACGGGUCAGUGCUGACGUCAGCAAAUUUUUUAAACCUUUAUAUCUUAAUAAUCAUUUAUCAAAAGCACGUGAUUACAUACAUUUUCUUGAUCAGCGCUUUAAACUCCGCACAAUAGAGGCAACGUAAAAACAAGGCUCUAAUUUUUUUGCAGAUGGGUUGGUGACGUCAUCACAAUUCAUAUGACGCUUAUUUAUCAAUUUUAUCCUGCCUCAGUGGAUUUUUCCACGGGCUUUAUCGACUAGUCAAUAUAUAUUAAAUUAAUGAAGCCAUUACAGUGCACCUAAAAUUUUGAGGGUAAAUAACUUGGAAACGAGGUGGUGACGUCAAUGAUUUUUUACCGCGUGGGUAACUAGGGACCACCUAGGACCAAUUUGGGUAAGUUUCCUAAACCUGGGUUACCAAAUCCGUUUUGGAACGGACGGGUUGAUGACGCCAUCUAAAAACCUUCAAAACUUAAUAUCUCCGCAACCGUUUGUAAAAAGUACCUAUACAUCCUAUACAUCCUAUACAUUUUCUUGAUCAGCGUUUCAAGAUCUAUACGAUGAAGGCAACAGGUAUACAAAUUUCUAACAAAAAAAUUUCGGUUUGGACGGGGCCAUUGCUGACGUCAGCAAAAUUUUUAAACCCUUAUAUCUCAUUAAUCGCUCAUCAAAAGCACAUGAUCAUAUACAUUUUCUUGAUCAGCAGUUUAAGCUCUACAUAUUAUAGGCAACAAAUAAACUAAUUUUUGCCAAUUUUUUUUUGUGUCUGCACUGCUGUUGUCAGCAAAAAAAUUAAAACAACCUAUUUUUUCAUUUUCCUUCUGCCUAAGUGGAUUUCUCCACGGGCUUUAUUGACUAGUAUGGUUAUAAACGUCUUUAGUACAUAUUACUUAAUAUAAACACAUCUCUUAAAUUGCAGAUAUCAUGGAUUUAUCUAUUCCAAUAAUCGAUAUAUCUUGUAUCACAAAAACUUCUAAGCAAGUGCAGGACACAUUGGAUAAAAGCAUCACUUCGAUAGCUAAAAGUCUUCUAGAAGCAUUUAAAAAGUAUGGAUUUGUGUAUAUCAAGGGUCACAACAUUCCUCAACAAUUAAUCAAAAGUAUCAAUGGUCAUUCAAGAGAUUUUUUUAACCUUCCCGAGGUAGACAAGCACUCUCACCUUUAUAAACACACCAAAUUAAACUUCUGCUAUAUACCUAGCAAAUGUGAAGUUUUUGACACUUCAUCAGAAAUUGAUUUAAAAGAAGUUUUCGAUUUUAUCCCUACAGAUGAUUCGAAAUUGAGGAGCACAUUACCAAAAUUAUUUUAUGAAAAGCUGGAAGAGACUUUUAUUUUGUGUAAAAACCUCUCAAUUCAGUUGUUUGAUUUGCUGAACUUGGCUUUUAUUUCAAAAGAGCGGUCAUCUCUUCUUAAGAACUACCAUAGCAACAUAGGUGACAUUGACAAAAACUUGUCUACUCUAAGAUGUCUCAGUUACCCAUCAUUGUCUGAAGAUGUGAAGAAAGGCGCUGGUCAGUAUCGGUGCAGCGAGCAUUCUGAUUACGGAUCUUUGACCUUGCUUUUUCAAGAUGAUACAGGAGGAUUACAGGUCGAAACGGAGAAUAGUUGUUUCAUUGACGUUCCACCAAUCAAAGACACUAUUGUAGUAAAUGCUGCUGAUCUUCUUGAACGUUGGACAGAUGGCGAAGUAAAAAGUGCCAGACAUCGUGUUAUAUUUGUAGAUAAUAACAAACAAAGGCAAUGUAUUGCAUUUUUUUGUCAACCAAACAAUAAUGUAACUGUUGAACCAUUAACUGGUUGUUCAUCAAAGUAUAUGCCUGUGAACACCUUGGAAUAUUUGAAUAGCAAGUUUAACAUUACAUACCGAGAAUAAGCAUAUAUGUAUGUAUAUGCCAAUGUUAAAUGCAUGCCAUAAUAGUUCUACCUGUAUGUUAAGAAAGAGUUAAUAUCACAAUCAACAUCUCUUCUUUGCAUUGCAUACGUAGUAUUGACAUUGCAUUAUCGAAGUUUCAUUCAAAACUAGGGCGCCAGUCACAUACGUUUUAUCUUUUAACCUUGUUAUUCUUCUUUCUUUAAUUAUCUUUGUUUCGUAUUUGUUUUAUAACAACUAUAUAUACAUUCAUGCUAUCCACCAUCUUUUGAGAAUUUUAAUAUUCUAACAGGUGAGUCUAAUAAUUUUAAAGUCACGCUGAAGGAGAGUCUGUCCAUUGAGCGAGAUUGAUCAUUUCUUAAUAAGUCAGUUAUUUCUAUUCCUCUAGAGCUAUUUUGACACAAUUUUUUAUACGAGUCCUUCAUUUAAUUAUUAAUUUUUAUUUUAUUUUAUAAAGCGAUAAAUUUUUAUAACGCAAUGUGUGUGGUCAUGCUCGCAUUAAGUGGGCGAAAGUUAACAUAACAUUGUCGAAUAAAUAAUAGUCGUUUUUUUUCUUUUUUUCUCCAAGAUACUUAUAUAUAUAUUAUGUAACAUUGAUAUAUACACAUUGUUAUGUUGCGUUAUAUUGUGUCAUUACUAAACACUGGCUGAUGUGAGUGUAUUUUAUUCCCAGUCAUUAUGAGAUAAAGAAGGAAAUAUUAA